ACCAAGAAACGGAGGCGUGGCAGUUGGUUGGGCAACGAAUGCGAACCUACUUCUCCUAGUAUACUGCUUUUACUUUAGCCAUCGCCACCACCGCCAUUCCUGGAACCCCCUUCCCUCUUCCUCCCUCGGAUCUCUCCUCGCUCGCGCGUUCGCGCCGCCGCCUUCCCCCUUCCCCCGUUGAUUGAUUGGGAGGAGGAUCAAUGGAGUGCGUCCGCUCCGGCUCCGGGGUUCUUGAUCCCAGGUGCUCUCCGCGGUUCCUGGGGAAGAAGGGUGGUUCGCUCACGUCAUGUGGUAAAGCCACUUCUACAAAUCUUGCCAUUUGUACCAAACACGAGCAAAACUUGCAUGGGAAUGUUAAACCCUCACAGUUAGCAGCAAGUGGAUCCUCUUAUUCUGUUCACAGAAGUCCAGUGCUUAAGCAGAGACAGAAUCUUUCUGCUAGGUCUACCUCUGCAGAUGUAUAUACUACUUUUGAUGAAAAUGUCAGAGCUGUAUCUUCACAUGCUGCUGAAGAAAAGGUUGGAGUACUCUUAUUAAACCUUGGUGGCCCAGAGACACUGGAUGAUGUUCAGCCAUUUCUAUUCAACCUGUUUGCUGACCCAGAUAUCAUCCGUUUGCCAAGGCUGUUCAGGUUUCUUCAAAGACCAUUGGCCAAGCUUAUCUCCACUUUUAGAGCUCCAAAGAGUAAGGAGGGGUACGCUUCAAUCGGUGGAGGAUCACCUUUGCGGAAAAUUACUGAUGAGCAGGCAAAUGCUUUGAAGGUGGCACUGAAAAAGAAGAAUUUGAAUGCUAAUAUAUAUGUUGGAAUGCGAUACUGGUACCCUUUUACAGAAGAAGCCAUUGAUCAGAUUAAGAAGGAUAAGAUUACAAAGCUUGUCGUUCUUCCACUGUACCCUCAAUACUCCAUAUCGACAAGUGGAUCAAGCAUCCGUGUUCUCCAAAACAUUGUCAAGGAGGAUUCAUAUUUUGCUGGAUUGCCAAUUUCCAUUAUCGAAUCAUGGUACCAACGUGACGGUUAUGUGAAAUCAAUGGCUGACUUAAUUGAAAAGGAACUGUCAAUUUUUUCCAAUCCUGAAGAGGUUAUGAUAUUCUUCAGUGCACAUGGAGUACCACUUACCUAUGUUACGGAUGCUGGAGAUCCUUACAGAGAUCAGAUGGAGGACUGCAUUGCUUUGAUCAUGGGAGAGUUAAAAUCCAGAGGAAUCUUAAACAGCCAUACUCUGGCUUACCAGAGUCGAGUGGGGCCAGUUCAGUGGCUGAAACCAUAUACUGAUGAAGUUCUAGUUGAACUAGGUCAACAGGGUGUAAAGAGCCUCCUGGCUGUUCCAGUAAGCUUUGUGAGCGAGCACAUCGAGACCUUGGAAGAAAUCGACAUGGAGUACAAGGAGCUGGCUCUAGAAUCGGGCAUCGAGAACUGGGGAAGGGUUCCAGCUCUUGGAUGCACCUCAUCCUUCAUCUCCGACCUUGCUGAUGCAGUGGUCGAAGCCCUGCCCUCCGCUUCCGCUCUCGUGACGAAGAAGGUGGACGAGAGCGAUUCCGACAUGGACCUGAUGCACUACCUGAGCAAGAUGUUCUUCGGCUCCAUCUUGGCGUUCGUCCUCCUAUUGUCGCCAAGGCUGAUUUCCGCUUUCCGGAACACCCUGUUGUAGGUGAUGGUGGCUUCUUUUGUUUGGUUUUUUGCACUAGGGGUUUGGCUUGAGUAAGUAGAAAGGCAGGCUCGUGGGAUGAUAGUGAAUAGUGAUGGUUAAAGUUCCCCUUUUUUACAGAAGUAAUAUGCAUGAAGUCAUUGCAAGGUAGCUUAAGUGGUGGUUUUAAGCAAGGAGCCUCUAGGGGUAAAUUGCCAGUCUGUACCAGUUUUCUUGUGCUGGUACAAGGCAAGCCUAUCCUUUUUUUUCUUUUUUUUUCUUUUUGUUACAUGAGCACAUUGAUAAAACAUCAUUGAUAUAUUACUAAUGCAUAAACACCAUAAUUUUUCCUCGUUUAA